AUGUCCCCCUCUGAUGAUUCAGAUAUGCAUGGCAAUUUCCUGACAAGCAACAAAAAUCUCUCAUCACACCAAGGCUCCCGCCAACAAAAGAACAAUUCCUCUACCACCAACUCCACGAGGUCCAAGCAAAGCAAAUCAACUGAGUUUGAGAACAGCGAUAUAACAAUCCACUCAGACACAACAUCUACACUGACUAAUUCUUCUACACAAGACCCCAAAGUCAUCGAAAAGCAGACAAACCCUCAAAAGACCACCAAAUCCCCAUUAACAACUCUCCCAAUAUACUUCAUCCACAACAACCUAUCCAAUCCAGAACAACCAAUAAGCACACUCCCCCUAACCGUGACUCCGAAUCUCAACAUCCUCAUCAAAUCCCUCCUCUCAAGAUCACUCAAGACACAGCCAAGAACCACCUCAGCCCUAGUCAUUCUCCUGCUAAAUCCCACGCAAACACCCUUAGGCCAAGCCCUCCUCGAUCUAGCCACCAACCUUCACAAAAGGCUUCAAGCGCCCUCUCAUCACCCCGGCCAUUUACAAACUGGGAGUAUAUUCCUCCUCGAUUCGUCCCUCCUGGACCUGGGCACAGACGUGACCGAUCCUAGCUCCUGUGUGCGGAUGACAUGGGGGGAUAUCGGGAAGAAGUAUUUUUAUGCUUGUGUUUCGUGGCGCUUGAAGGGUGGGGUUGAGACGGUUCCUUGUACGCCUUUAGAUGGGGUUCCUAAGGGGGUUGUCGACCAGGGGGUUAGGGUUUCUGUUGUAUUUGAUAGGAGGGUUAUGGGUGUUUUGGAGUCGGUUGGGGGUUUAGGGGAUGAGUGA